UAUACAGGUAGGCAAGCGUAAAUACACCAGCAACAGCGAGAAAAUGCGAUUUCUACUUAUCCUGAGUCUAAUUCUUUUGAUGGGUUUUGUGGUGGAUGGCGGGUUCCGGGUUCGUCGGCGUAGACGACGAGGAUGCAGCCGUGUCAACUGUAGUUGGUCAUCGUGGUCAAGUUGGUCUUCUUGCUCAAUUGAAUGCGGUACGGGUGGUUCGCAGACACGAACUCGAUCGAUAAGCCGUGCAGCAAGUUGCGGAGGAUCGGCAUGUUCUGGAUCUAGUUCUCAAACAAUAUCAUGCUCUGGAUCAUGUCCACGGGGAACACCAAUUCCUGGCGGAUGCGAAUGCCCAUUUCCGUACACCGGGACAUGCUGUAGAGAAACAAUACAAGAAAACAACUGCAUCAAUCGAUUUACUCUCGUUCAGCCGUGGCGAAGCACUAAAAACCAUCAGGUAUCCGGCCAAGCAUGUGAUUCAAACGCCCUGAUGGCCUACUGGUACCAAUUUACCGGUAAAGGUGGCAACAAAAUGCCAACUGCGUGUGUUGUUGCUGACCGAUGCGGAGUGCACAGUCCAAUAUGUGUCUCUUAUACACAUCUAGAUGUGUAUAAGAGACAGGGAGCUCAUCCGUCUGUUGAUAGCGGUAUAGUAACCAGACAAGUUUGCAAGAGUCUGAGCACUGAUGGUGUAACAAAUUGUUGCGAGUGGUCCUCCAACAUUAGAGUCCAAAACUGUGGCGAGUAUUUCAUCUAUUCUCUUCCAAAACUCAAUGCUUGUGGGUCAGGUUUUUGCGCAGGAGAAGAGAUGCCAUGUCCAAAAGGAACAAAUUCUCCGAAUGGCUAUACUCCCAAUUGUAUGGCUGGCCCACCGGUCCUGACCACACCGCCCCUGUUAGUGUUAACAGAAAACCAAUUUGGACUGCUGUUGGAAUGUUCGUUUUCAUUUCAACAAUUUUCAAACAUGACAUUUGAUGUAACGUGGUUUGGUGAUGGAACAGAGUUGCCCGCAGCAAGUGUUUCCUUAACAACGGAAAGAAUUGCAACCCUGACGCAACAACAAAUUGGUGACGUAUUUGAUGACAAUCAGGCGAUCACUAUGACCUGCAAAUUAAACGCUCGCUUCAUUUACCCUGAUGGAUCACCAAAAAGUCCAAACAGCCAAACUUUGGAAAGUAAGGAAGUACAUCUGACUGUGUAAAUUGCAAUUAGAGUACAACUACAAACUACAACUGAUACCCGUGGUGUACUUGCUUCAAAUAAUACAAUAUAAUCGAAACGGUUUUUUGUUUUGUUUUUUUGUUUUUAAUUUUUAUCAUUACCAUCAUUAUCAUCAUCAUCAUAACUCUAGAUUGUUAUCGGGGUAAAUUACACGUAAUGCUAAUACUAACAAUCUGCAUUUGCUUCAAAUAUAGUAUACAAUAUAAUAAGCGAAACUUUUUACCAUAAAGAAUCAUCAUCAUCAUCAUCAUCAUCAUCAUCAUCAUCAUCAUCAUCAUCAUCAUCAAAUAAUGUCAAUAUCAACAUUUUAUUGACCAUUAUUUUUGUUUAUUCUUAUUGCUAUGAAUAUUAAUAUCCUUAUCAUUGUCAUUAUUACUAAUACAUCAUCUCAAGAUGACACUUAUAAUAGGCACAUGUGAGGUGCCAUGUCACAAAAUCAGCAUUGUGGUACCAAACAUGAAAAAAUAGGCUACAAGCGGAAGCGUGUGUCUACUGAUUUUUGACAUAUUUUAGUAUUUUGCUAAUGUAGUGACUUUUAAGUGAACUUUCUAGGACAGGUCUUAUAAUUUAACUUUAUUCAUGGAUGUAUUAUAGUUCACUGUAAUAUCCCUAUGCUUUACUUUAGGAAAGACCUUAUCUAAUGGAAUCAUAUUUCGUAGACUUGUUUUCAUUUCUAGCUUUAGCUCAUGACUCAUCCCAUCAUUCUUCCAUACAUUAUUUACACUCAUGACUUCUACCGGAUUUAAUCUUCUAGAAUUAACUGCCAGAUUAUGAUAUAGUGUCUACGCCCCAGGGGGCAGUACACACAAGAAGUUGUUGAUAUUAGAUUUUAGAUAGAUCGAAGCUAAGCUUUGUUCUUAGAAUCAAACUAAUAAUAAAAAAAUUGCAUGUAUAGAA